UAGUAGAAAAAAAGAUUAUAAUAUAAGAAGUUAUUUUAAAUAGUUCUUUAACAUCUUUCAGUCACCUCAUUAUAAAUCUCAUGCAUGAAAUAAAAUGUAACAUUUUUCUUAUAGAUAGUCCUCUCCUCUCUCUCUUGAUCCCAAGGGAUAAUAUAAUAUAAUGAGUGAAAAUGAAUGGUAAGUCAGGCAAGAAAGAAGCAUGUCGAUGGGGAAGUUGCUGUUGCUGAUCAUUGUAUUCUUAACCUCCAAAUCCGCAGCUGGAAGCUGGCCUUCUCAUUUCCAAGAGCUGAAGGUGGAGGAAGCAAUCGCAGGAACCAAAGUGCAAGCAGAGGAGUUGGAAGAGAAGGAGGAAGCAAAAUGGAAAGUGGAGAUUGUUCACAGAGACAAGCUCAUCAUCAACACGGAUCACAGGAGCCGUUUCAAUGCACGAAUCAAACGGGACGUCAAAAGGGUAGCCUCCCUCCUCCUCCUCCGGCGCCAUGCUUACACCGUAGAAGAAGCGUCUUUUGGAUCCGAUGUGGUGUCGGGUACGGCAGAAGGGAGUGGAGAGUACUUCGUGAGAAUAGGAAUCGGAAGCCCUGCAACGUACCAGUACAUGGUCAUUGACUCCGGAAGCGACGUCGUAUGGGUCCAGUGCCAGCCCUGCGACCAAUGCUACAACCAAUCCGACCCCAUCUUCAACCCUGCCCUCUCCGCUUCCUUCGCCGCCGUCCCCUGCUCCUCCGCAGUCUGCGACCAGCUCGACGACUCCGGCUGCCACCAGGGCCGCUGCCGCUACCAGGUCUCCUACGGCGACGGCUCCUACACCAGAGGCACGCUCGCUCUCGAAACAAUCACGCUGGGAAAAACAGUGAUUCGGAACACCGCCAUCGGCUGCGGGAACUUGAACCAGGGCAUGUUCGUCGGCGCGGCUGGGCUUUUGGGACUCGGAGCUGGGCCCAUGUCCUUCGUGGGCCAGCUCGGUGGCCAGACCGGCGGCGCCUUUGCUUACUGCUUACUCUCUCGCGGCACCGCAUCCUCCUCGUCGGGCUCGCUCCAAUUCGGACGCCAGGCGAUGCCUCUGGGAGCUGCGUGGGUCCCACUCGUCCCCAACCCCUUCUACCCCAGCUUCUACUACGUUGGCCUUUCGGGUCUCGGGGUCGGAGGCACGAGGCUUAACAUAUCGGAAGAUCUUUUCCGUGUGACAGAUUUAGGCGACGGAGGGGCCGUGAUGGACACCGGAACCGCCGUCACGAGGCUUCCGACGGUGGCUUACGGUGCCUUCCGGGACGCCUUUGUGGCGCAGACCACGAACCUGCCCCGGGCAGCAGGAGUGUCCAUUUUCGACACGUGCUAUGAUUUGAACGGGUUUGUGACGGUUCGGGUGCCCACGGUGUCGUUUUAUUUCUGGGGCGGGCAGAUCUUGACCCUCCCGGCUCGAAAUUUCUUAAUUCCGGCGGAUGAUGUGGGAACUUUCUGUUUUGCAUUCGCUGCUUCUCCUUCUGCCCUUUCCAUAAUUGGGAAUAUUCAGCAGGAAGGCAUCCAGAUUUCGGUUGAUGGAGCCAAUGGUUUUCUCGGUUUUGGACCCAAUGUCUGUUAGUCAUCUCUAUUUUCAUAAUUACAUUUACUUUUACUCCUAUCCCUAAUUACUCAUCUAAUUAUCCUACUUCUUUCUGAGCUCAAAGUAACGUACGUGUUCAACCAAUUCUUGCAAA